AUGGCCGACGUGGCGGUGGCAGAUGACAGCAUCUCAGCUGCGAGCACGUCUGAUGUCCAGGACCGUCUUUCAGCCCUGGAGCUGAGAGUACAGCAACAAGAAGAUGAAAUCACUGUGCUAAAAGCAGCAUUGGCUGAUGUGCUAAGGCGUCUUGCUAUCUCUGAAGACCAUGUCGCUUCUGUGAGAAAAUCAGCACCAAGUAAAGGUCAGCCAAGCCUCCGAGAAGCUAUCUCGAUGUCCUGUAUAACUAACGGGAGUACAGGAAGCAGGAAAACAAGCCACAGUUCCUCUGUUUCUGUUGCCAGAAAAGAAACUCUUUCAUCUGCUGCAAAAAGCGGUACAGAAAAAAAGAAGGAAAAACCUCCAGGACAGAAAGAAAAAAAAGAGGAAUCUCAUUCUAAUGAUCAAAGUCCACAAACUCAAGCAUCACCUUCUCCCCAGCCCUCCUCACAGACUCUCCAAACACACAGGCAAACUCAAGAAAGCAAGAGUUCUGCUCCAGCUAAAAGCAUAAAGAAAUCCUUGACUGCUGAAAAACCUCACAGUGCUUGGGAGAGUUCGGAUGACAGUCGUAACAAGCUGCUGAGAGUAGCAUCAACAUCUAAAUUAAUAUCAAAAGUGGCAAAGAAUGCAGACAAGCACAAAGAUGUCAUCAUCAGCCAAGCAAAAAUGUCAACUCGUGAAAAAAACAGCCAAGAGGGAGAAUAUAUCAAGAUGUUCAUGCGAGGUCGACCAAUCACAAUGUUCAUUCCUUCUGAUGUAGAAAACUAUGAUGAUAUUAGGACAGAGCUGCCUCCUGAAAAGUUAAAACUGGAGUGGGUAUAUGGGUAUCGUGGAAGAGACUGUCGAGCCAAUGUUUACCUCCUUCCUACCGGAGAAAUUGUAUAUUUCAUAGCGUCAGUGGUGGUACUAUUUAACUAUGAGGAGAGAACUCAGCGACACUACUUGGGUCAUACAGACUGCGUUAAAUGUCUUGCAGUUCAUCCAGACAAAAUUAGAAUUGCAACAGGACAGUUAGCUGGAGUGGAUAAAGAUGGAAGGCCUCUGCAGCCCCAUGUUAGAGUAUGGGACUCGGUGAGCCUGGUGACACUGCAGGUUAUCGGCCUUGGGACUUUUGAACGUGGAGUGGGGUGUUUGGAUUUUUCAAAAGCGGAUUCCGGUACUCAUUUGUGUGUAAUUGAUGACUCUAAUGAGCAUAUGCUCACUGUGUGGGAUUGGCAGAGGAAAUCAAAAAUAGCAGAAAUAAAGACUACAAAUGAAGUUGUUCUUGCUGUAGAAUUCCAUCCAACUGAUGCAAAUACCAUAAUAACAUGUGGCAAAUCUCAUAUAUUUUUCUGGACCUGGAGUGGCAAUUCAUUAUCAAGGAAGCAAGGGAUAUUUGGGAAAUAUGAAAAACCCAAAUUUGUUCAGUGUUUGGCUUUUUUGGGAAAUGGUGAUGUGCUCACUGGAGACUCAGGUGGGAUAAUACUUAUAUGGGGCAAAACUACUGUAGAAUCUACUCCAGGAAAAGGACCUAAAGGAGUAUAUCAGAUAAGCAGACAAAUCAAAGCUCAUGAUGGCAGCGUGUUCACACUCUGUCAAAUGAGGAAUGGGAUGCUGCUAACUGGAGGUGGGAAAGACCGGAAGAUCAUCCUGUGGGAUCAUGAUCUGAAUCCCGAAAGGGAAAUUGAGGUUCCUGACCAGUAUGGAACAAUCAGAGCAGUAGCGGAAGGAAAAGCAGAUCAAUUUUUAGUGGGUACUUCACGAAACUUUGUUUUGCGGGGAACAUUUAACGAUGGUUUCCUAGUAGAGGUACAGGGACAUACAGAUGAACUCUGGGGACUGGCAUCCCAUCCUUUCAAAGACUUAUUUUUAACAUGUGCCCAAGAUAGGCAAGUUUGUAUGUGGAACUCUGUGGACCACACACUGGAAUGGACCAGGCUGCUAGAUGAACCGGGGCACUGUGCUGACUUCCAUCCCAGUGGAGCAGUGGUUGCAAUAGGAACGCACUCGGGCAGGUGGUUUGUUUUGGAUGCGGAAACGAGGGAUCUGGUUUCAAUACACACUGAUGGCAACGAACAGCUCUCAGUGAUGCGCUACUCAGUAGAUGGCACCUUACUUGCAGUUGGAUCCCAUGACAACUUUAUUUACCUCUACGUAGUAACAGAAAAUGGAAGAAAGUAUAGCAGAUAUGGAAAAUGCACUGGACAUUCCAGCUAUAUUACACACCUUGACUGGUCCCCGGACAACAAGUAUAUAAUGUCAAACUCAGGAGACUAUGAAAUACUAUACUGGGACAUUCCAAGUGGCUGUAAGCUGAUCAGGAAUCGUUCUGACUGUAAGGAUAUAGAUUGGACGACAUACACUUGUGUGCUAGGCUUCCAGGUGUUUGGAGUUUGGCCCGAAGGAUCAGAUGGGACAGACAUAAAUGCCCUUGUCAGAUCCCAUAACAGAAAAGUGAUAGCAGUUGCUGAUGAUUUUUGUAAGGUCCACCUCUUUCAGUAUCCCUGUUCCAAGCCAAAGGCUCCAAGUCACAAAUACAGCGCUCACAGUAGUCAUGUGACAAAUGUCAGCUUCACCCAUAGCGAUGGUCACUUGAUUUCAACUGGAGGGAAAGACAUGAGUAUUAUUCAAUGGAAACUUGUGGAGAAGGUAACUCUACCACAAAAUGACAUUGUCGUAGACAUAGGUGCAACCAAAGUGCCCAUCCCUGCCAGUGAAAACGCUGUACAGUCUCCUGCGCCUCUCCCACAGCCUUUUAACGAAAUGAACCAAAAUGAAAGUGUAACUGGCAGCUCUCCGGCUUCUUUGGAGAGCAACUUGGAGCAGUCCGCGGAGGCCAGCGAAGAGCAAAGCGAGGAGCAAAGCGAGGGGAGCAGCCUGGAUCCCGCUGAGCCGGGCUACGAGGAGCCCUCCAACGAGACGAGCGAGGAGCACAGUGAAUCCACGGUCACUGAAGAGCAGCAAGAUAACUCACCGGUGUCUUAACGCUCCCAGCUCAGGCGGUUGUUAUUUUCCCUUGGUGUGCGUGCUUUCAUUACAGGGUGAGGGUUCAAAUAGGGAAAAGUAGCUGAGAUUCACGACCACUCCAGCUUUUGAGUUUCAGUGAGAUUUUUUUAGUCUGAGCUUCAGUUCAAUGUGUGGAACCAUCCCAAGGGCCUGGCUUGAUGGUCUGUGUCAAGAUCUGGUCACAGUUAGUAGUGGACGUUACUAUAGAUCCAUUUCAGUUCUGAAAUUGGUGUCAGGAUGUGGCAUGAAAUACAUACUGGAAAAAAGGUUAGCUCUGAGAAUUAGCUGAAGUAGACCACCUUAACUAUGUGAAAGUGCUUUCUGAAAGAACGAGGCUAAUGGGAAGCGCUGAGCUGUUUCAGCUGGGGAGUAGUAGUACUGUGCUGCUUUUUCCAGGUGCGAAGACAAACAAAACAAAAAAACAACCGAAAAGGUCUUUGUAGGGCUGUUUUCCUUUGUUUUUUCUUACUGAGAAAAAGAGAGGAAAAACAAUGUAACAAUGCCACAUGUAUGGCAAUGCCUUCUUGAUCUAACACAUAUGCAAUUUUCUAACACUACUAAUUCCUAGUGGAGUCGGGAUGUGCUUGCAGUUGGUCUGCCCUGGGUGCUGCUAGUUCUAAGGCAAAUCCUGUCGAGGAACGGUGCCGGCUGUUCCAUUUUCGCAGACAAUAACAGACUAACCAAAUACUGGCGUGUUUCACUUUUCAUGACCUGAAAGUUGAUUUAAACUGUAGGAUGUAAUUGUCUCUUCAAAGAAUUGCUUGCCUAGAGAGUUUGAAACUUGAGAGUCUUUACAGUGACUUUGAUGUGAAGAACAGAGGAAGCGUAGCAAGAACACAGAAGUCAGAUGGGC